AUGUCGUUGAGCCCAAAGCACACGACGCCCUUCUCCGUGUCCGACAUCCUGAGCCCCAUCGAGGAGACCUACAAGAAGUUCGGCGGCGCCAUGGACGGCGCGCCGCCCGGCCUGGGGGCGUCCCUGGGGGCCGCUGGGCCGCCGCCGCCUACCGCGCGCGCCGCCGGGCCCUCAGCGCACGGCGUCGUGGCGGGCGUGCAGCCGCCUCACGCCAUGGCGGGCAACGCGGCGGCGGCGGCUGCGGCAGCGGCGGCGGCGGCGGCGGCCGACUACCACAUGCCGCCCGGCGUCUCGCAGUUCCCGCACGGCGCCAUGGGCGGCUACUGCAACGGCGGCCUGGGCAACGUGGGCGAGCUGCCCGCCUACACGGACGGCAUGCGGGGCGGCGCGGCCGCCGGCUGGUACGGCGCCAACGCGGACCCGCGCUACUCGUCAAUCUCCAGGUUCAUGGGGCCGUCGACGGGCGUGAACGUGGCCGGCAUGGGCUCGCUGACGGGCAUCGCGGACGCCGCCAAGUCGCUGGCGCCGCUGCACGCGGCGGCGGCGGCGGCGGCGCCGCGAAGGAAGCGCCGCGUGCUCUUCUCGCAGGCGCAGGUCUACGAGCUGGAGCGGCGCUUCAAGCAGCAGAAGUACCUGUCGGCGCCGGAGCGCGAGCACCUGGCCAGCAUGAUCCACCUGACGCCCACGCAGGUCAAGAUCUGGUUCCAGAACCACCGCUACAAGAUGAAGCGGCAGGCGAAGGACAAGGCGGCGCAGCAGCUGCAGCAGGAGGGCGGCCUGGGCCCGCCGCCGCCGCCCGCGUCGCCGCGCCGCGUGGCCGUGCCGGUGCUGGUCAAGGACGGCAAGCCGUGCCAGAACGGCGCCAGCACGCCGACGCCCGGCCAGGCCGGCCCGCAGCCGCCGGCCCCGACGCCGGCGCCUGAGCUCGAGGAGCUGUCCCCCAGCCCGCCCGCGCUGCACGGCCCGGGGGGCGGCCUGGCGGGCCUGGACGCGUCCGCCGGGGACUACGGCGGCGGCGUGCUGGGCGCGAACCUGCUCUAUGGCAGGACGUGGUGACGGCGCGGGCGCCCCGGGGCGGGCCCCCACCUGGCCGGAGGGUCUGCGGGACGCCAAGGCGGAUGAGGGGUGCGUGCGGAAGCGGACGCGUGUUGUGUGCGGAGAUGGAAAACGAGCGGGUCUCGGAGAGGGGCAGACUCCGAGCGUCUUCGCUGGGGGUGGGGGACGGCGACAGCCCUGGGACCGACUAAUGUCACGUCACGCCAGGAGGCUUUGAAGUGGUGGUUUUCUCCUUCCACAAGUUCUCAAACUACGCGAAAAGCUGGCGGAGUUCACUUCCACCGAGUUCUUAACCGCCGCUCUCAGAGUUUUAAAAGUUGCAAAGUUUGUUGGUGUUCGUAGCCGUAAAAAUCAGCCCAGCUUCGUUCAUUUCACAAUGAAUCCUUUUUGAAAUGGAAUUUAUCUCGGGAGAUUAAUUUUUGAAGUGCAAUUUUAAUCAUGUUUGAUUGAAAGUAAAGUAAAUCGUAGCUCAAGGUGGAUCGUAUACAUAGCAACAUUAUUGCAGAGGAAUUAUUGCCAUUUAGGUAAUAGAGCAAUGGAACAAUCAAAAUACUGAUGAUAUGGAUCUAUAUAACUUUUUAAAUUUAAUGCUGAUUUCAAAAUGUUUUGAUCACUAUUUGGCAACCGAGUGUUUGUAUAUUACCCUAAAAGAGGAUUUUCCUCCCUAAGAGGCAGCUCACCAUAAGAAAAAAAGGGUUGUAUACAUCUUUGUAUAUGAUGUCUGGUCACCCAAAAUCAACUGAUAAAAUAAAUACACCCCAUCCUUCUGUAGACAUGUUAUUUACUCUUUUUGAGGUAUUUUCUUGUCUGAAUUUCAAUACCUUGAUAAAGUACUAGAACAAGCAAGUAAAAGGCUAAAGCUGACAUCAAUUAACCUAUAUUUCAAAGCAUAUCAACAAGAGAGGUGAUUUGUUGAAUUGUGAUCAAGAUAUAAAGGAUAACUAAAAUAUAAUUUUUUCAUCAUAUUCAGAACUUAAUAGUUGCACUGAUUUUGUUGGUGUUUUAUUGUAUAAAUAAUGUAUUUACUCUUUAAUAUGCCACUUUAUAUUUCCUAUGUUUCAAAUGGAUAUUUAAAUA